GUACGUGUAUGCAAUGUACCGUUGCCUUUUAGCAUCUAUUGUCCUGUGUGAGGAGUUUUGAAGGGGGCAGGCUGAACAGCCCAUCAGCAGGCUGUGCUGUUUAAGAGCAGAACAGAGUAUAAAAGUGCUGUCAUGCCCGCUGCUGCUGCGAGCCUAUGCUCUGUGCACUCCCUCAGACUGAAGUGAGCCCAGCUCACAUAUAGACAGAAGAACAGCACACUCUACUAUUGACACCGUGUUCAAGGUCCGGCUCCAGACUGUGAAGCCGUGUCACCCUCAGAGACAAACAAGGACUAGCAGUACUCUUCAGCUGACUUAGGGUUUCUUUUACGCACGGAGUGCCAGAAAGUUCCAGAGACGUUUGCAGUUCUCUUCAGUAAAUAGGAUGCGUGUCUUCUUCUUGUACUGAAAACCAGCUGCUGUUUGACACAUUUCCCCCUCCCGUGAGCUGGAGCAGGAGCUUCCACCGGAAACUUGGACUAAUUUGUAAGUUUUUUGGCCCUACUGUUGAUGCCACGGAAAUGGAACCGGGCCACCGGGAGAGCGUGUCCGCACUGUGCAGGAAAAGUUUGCUUUGGACCGCGCUGGUCCUCUGGCUCAGUGCGCUGGUGGACGGGACCUGGAAGACGGGACUGUAUAAGCCUCACUACUCAGCCGGGACUGCAGCCUCUCACUCCUCUGUCUACCAAAAAAGGAACUGGUGUCCUCACACCGUUACAAAAACUGUGACCUGCCAGGUGCAGAAUGGUACCGUUCUCCAGAGAGUUUACCAAACGUGCCGAUGGCCACAGGGAUGUACAGGAGGGAGCUACAGGACUGUUUUUAGACCUUCCUACAAAGUGGUGUACCGCACAGUGACCUCUCUGGAGUGGAAAUGCUGUCCAGGAUUCACUGGUGCUGCCUGUGAAGAAGAUGCAGAAAACCAGCUGGUGGCUCAGGAAGCAGUGAGGAAACCAUCCUCGCUCCGUCGGCAGCCUGCACGCACCAGUGAACCACUCUCCAACUGUCUAAACUGCAGCCGUAUCACAGCUCUGAGCGACAGACUGAAUUCGUUGGAGACCAAGGUCCAGUUGCUGACCUCUCUGUCCUCCAUAUCACAUCGAGCUAUUCAGGUUAAAGGGGAAACUGCACCAGAGACUUCAUUACUAAUGGGGGCUGGUCCCACUCAGGGGGUGCCUGGUGAACAGGGACCUGCAGGCCCUCAGGGUGAAAAUGGGAGAGAUGGCCGAGAUGGGAAGCCGGGGUCUCGGGGGCUGCCAGGUCCCAGCGGGCCUCAGGGGGAGGCCGGCGUGAGGGGUCCAUCUGGAGUUCCUGGAUCGAAGGGAUCUGCCGGACCAACAGGACCCCGUGGUCCACCAGGACUCCCAGGAGACAAGGGUCCACCAGGCCCACCUGGGCCACCAGGACCUCCGGCACCUGCUAGUGCCCGCAUCCCAGAACCAGACCAAACUCGUGGAAAAGAUCUGUUCUACACCAACUCUUUCCAUGACUCACGAAGAUUGUCUCUUCCAGGACCUCACGGACCCUCCGGACCUGUUGGUCCUCCAGGCCCAGUUGGACCCCCUGGCCCCGCAGGACAGAAUGGUAAACCUGGCACUCCUGGAACACAGGGUCCAUUUGGACCAAAGGGAGAUCGUGGGGAGAGAGGUCUUCUGGGUUACCCAGGAGAGAGGGGCUUCAGAGGAGAACCGGGAGCACCAGGUCCAAAGGGAGAGCCAGGGGAGAAGGGCUUGCCGGACAUUAGCUUGCAGAUGUUCCAGGACUUACAGGCAGACCUGGAGCUUCUGGCUCGCAGGGUGACACUGCUGGAGGCUAUCAUCUGGCCAGAGCCUGAUCUAGGGUCUGGAGAUGGACCGUUUGGCACAAGCUCCCCUAGUUUCUACAGAGAUAAACGAGCAGGUGUGCUUCCAUAUCGACUUGCUUCACCUCUGUCCUCCGACACCAAGGUUCGAGGAAAGUAGCUCCCCUAUUCCCUCUGAGGAUCACAGGCUGGGUUCACUCUGCCUUCUUAUGGUCUCAUCCUCACUCUACAGAUUAAGAUCUUAACUGAUGCCCUCUCUGGGCUUUAUUGUCAGAUUUGGGAUGGGGGCACCUCAGGGAAACUCUAAUGAUACCCACAAUGUUCCUCUUCUAUCAGGAUCCUGAGAACUAUCUUGACCCCCACCUGUUUCCAUAACAAGGGUCUCCACAUACACUCAGCACCAUCUUCUGUGUCUGCUUUUUCUUUGGUUAUUGAGCUAAAGCUUCAGACUCUGUUCAAUGACUUUAAAAGAAAUCUAAAUCUUCUGGGCAAUUGGGGUUAUUUAGAGUACGGUAAUAUUCUGAAGGAACUAUCAGGUGAGGGGAAACCGACUGGUUUGGUUUGUGUUGCUUUUGCAACACAAGUGCCAUCUGAAGUUACGUUAUUUAAGUGUAUCGAGAAUGUACAGGUUCAAGUACAUGGUUAUAUUAAUAAACUUCAUUUUCUAAUAAUAUUUUUCUUAUUCUUAUGUCAUAGUGUUAAAUAUAAUGUAGUGCUCUAAAGAUUAGGUUCUCUCCGCUGAUCUGUGUUGUUAACAGUGAUCUGUAGUUAGUCUUGUUUGUUUUUCCUAAUAGGUUUUCCAGAGUUUCCUCAACUGUAGUCACAAUAAUUUACCAACAUCUGUAAACAAUGGCCAGAUAUCUGCAGUCGUUUCGACUGUAGAUCAGUGGAUUCUACUUAUAGUCAAAAUGCAUUGAAAUGAAAUAUGAUAAACACGCAAAGAGAAGGAAAACUGUUUGUGGAACUCAAGUGUUUUACCACUGCUCUAUUGGUAAUAUAGACUGCGUAUACUGUAUACUGAUUUUUUCCUAUCCUAAUAAGUGUAUUGUGAAACUAUUUAAAAUUAUCAAAUUGUAGUUUUUUUGUACACUGUUAUGUAACCAUUUCAUACUUUCUUGCAAACGUGUUACUGUAUAUUAUAAGGUAAUCGUGUCUAAAUGAUUGGUGUAAUAAAGUAAUGUCCUGUUUUGUCCUUUUUUA